AUGGCCUUCGAUUUCGUCUGCCAGGCACCUGUGGGUCACACCCUGGCCUUCGAGAUCCCUUCCGGGACGGAGAUCGUCUUCGAGGUGCUCCAAUCGCAGGAGAUGCCGGCUUCCCUCGAGAGGCGCUUAGAGGCGCCGUUGCUUCAAGUUUCUUUCGCCACACGGAUGGAUGGCGCGCUCCCGGAGAAAGGGAGCAGGCGGCGCAGGCGGGGCAGGGCGAUGUGCAGAGGUGGACAGAUUGGGUCCAUGGCAGGAGGUGCCGCCGCCGUGGGCCUCGGCUUCUUGACCUGCGCGUUUUUGUUUUCUUAG